UGUGUUCUUUCUACUUAUUUUCAGAGAGAUAGUAUGACAUGUCUAGAGAUUUGAAGUAAGAAGCAGAGAAAUUACUCUGAGAAGCAGGGCACAGAACAAAGACAGAAGCGAGACAUUCCCAUUUCCCAUAAAGACAGGAUGGCCAACAGUCAUCUGACUUUGCAGAAUGGAAAUGAUUUUAAGGAACACAUUCCUAAAUGGGAGCAGCAGCUAGUGCAGAAACAUGGCUGACAAACCCAACAUGACGGAAAUCACAUCAUUUGAUAAAACUAAACUCAGGAAGACAGAGACCCAAGAAAAGAAUCCCUUGCCAACCAAAGAAACUAUUGAACAGGAGAGGCAGGGCGAGUCCACGCCUUGAAUGCUGCCAUUAACCGCUCUCACACACAGUAGAGGGAAGUGACUGACUGAGAUCAACAGGAGAGGGACUUUGGGAGGAAUUGAACCAGUAACUGAUGUGUCAUUUGUUUCAUAGCUCUGUUUGUUUGUUUGUUAGAGAACUAAAUAAAAAGAAAUAUACGAAA